AUGUCAAAUAAAGAAAUCUCGAAAAAAGAACAGACAAAAAAAAUUUAUUGUUCAUCAGAUGAAAUUCCUCAAAUAACCAACAAUUUUGGCCAGUUGAAUUCCCAAGACAAUAAUUCACGAGAUUUUCGUAAUAAAAUUAUUAAAGAAUUGUGCUAUUUGUAUAAUGAAGAAAGAUCGAAAGGUGAAAAUUGCGAAUCAAUUCUUAAUAAAUUAGAUCAACUUCUAGAAAAAAAGAAGCUAAACCCGAAUAGUAUCAUUGAUUGGUGCUUAGAAGAUCAG